AUGGGAAAAGUGGGGAAAGAUUACAUUAGCACCUGUCGCCACCGCUCAACGCUCGCAUCAAUCAAAGGCAGGCUUCUCCAGUCUGAAGGAGGAGAGGUGCUCAGUGAAGAGGCUAAUAAUGACACUCAGAUGCGGGGUGCAGUCCCGCGGAAUCAUGGCCACAACACAGUCGACUUUGAAAUUGAACUUGGCAACACGGCAGGCGAGAGCAAGGACGACCCAGGUGCAGGCUUCCUCAGCUGCUCCUUUGAUGAUGGACUCUGCGGCUGGAUCAGGGACAAGGAUGGAGACGUGCACUGGGAGACCACGCCCGAUCCCUCAGGGGGCCGGUAUCUCACCAUCCCUGAGGUGGGGAACAAGAGGACCGGGCGCGGGGCGAGGCUGGUGCUGCCCCUCACUCCGCCCUGGAACGACGGGAACCUGUGCCUGUCGUUCCGGAACAAGCUGGCAGGUCACCACGUGGGCAUGCUGCAAGUGUUCGUGAAGAAGGGCAAACAGUACAGCCCCGCAGUCUGGGGCCGCACCGGGGGCAACGGCUGGAGACACACCCAGAUCACCCUGUGGGGGACAGGGCUGGAGAGUGUCAUCCUGAAGGGGGAGCGCGGGCGUGGUCGCAGUGGUGAGAUGGCAGUGGACGACAUCACACUGAGGAAAGGCUCGUGCUCAGAGGAACACAAUCUGAGGAGACUCUGA